GCGGGCGGAGUCUCCCUGGCUCCCCCCAGGCCCGCCGGGCUGACGUGGCCCGGCUCGGACAUGGCGGACGGCAGCAGGCAGAUCAAACUGGCCGCGGCCAAGAAGAAGCUGAAGGAAUAUCAGCAGAAGAAUAGCCCUGGAGCAACAGCAUCAGCCAAGAAGAAACGAAAAAGUAAAGAUGGAAGUAGACCUGAGACUCCAACAAAUGACGACAGAAAGUCUCCAGAGAACAUUCAGAACAUUCUGAAGGUGCUGGUGUCAGACCUUAAUCGAUCCAAUGGGGUAGCCAUACCCUCAUUGGACAAGAGGAAGGCAUACUUUGACAGUGAUGUUUCCGCUCAUAAUGCUGAACAGCUUGCUGCUGAUGUCCCCGUGUUAUCUAACAGCAACAGCCUACCUAGCUGUGGCUCUGUCAUGCCUGGUCCUGGUAGCAUACCGCUGUCACAGAUACAAGAUGCCGAUGAUCCUAAAAAUGCUUUGGAUGAAAAUAGGUCUCUCUCAUCGACAGAGAGUCUCCGCCAGUUGUCUGAGCAGCUCAAUGGCUUGGUGUCACAGUCCACAUCCUAUGUGAAUGGCGAAAGUGCUGUCUCUUCCACAGAUAUGAAGGAGAUGGAGACACGUUACCAGGAGCUGGCAGUAGCCCUAGAUUCCAGCAAUCUAACUAACAAACAGCUCAGUACAAAACUAGAGGAAUUGAAACUGCAAAACCAAGACGCUAUGAAUCAGCUGGAGAAGGAAAAGAAGGGGUUUGAACAGAAGCUUGCCAAGGAGCAAGGAGCAUUGAGGGAACAGCUACAAGUUCAUAUCCAGACUAUUGGAAUCCUAGUCUCUGAGAAAUCUGAAUUGCAGACAGCACUAGCACAUACACAACAAGCUGCCCGGCAGAAAUCAGGAGAAGCUGAAGACCUUGCUGCACGAUUGCAGUCAUCUCGCCAGAGGGUAUCUGAGCUGGAACGCACUCUGUCCUCCAUCUCUACACAGCAGAAACAGUUGGAGAAACAUAAUAGAGAGGUAGUGAAGGAGCGAGACAGCCUGAAACUGGAUCUGUACAAACAAAGCAAAGGCAGUGAGGAACUCAAGCAGCAGAACUCAGAACUGUCGGAGAAGCUUCACUCCCUGGUCUCUGAGAACUCAGCCAUGAAACUGGAUUUGGAGGAUUUGCAUAAGAAACUGGAAAUGGCUGAGCUGAUGAUUCAACAGUUUUCAAGUCAGUCAGGGAUUCUGGAUGCAAACCAGCAGUUGCAGUUGGCAUUGGAAGAGCGGGCAAACCUGGAAACACAGAUCACUCAGCUGUCAGAGUCGCUUCGCCAGCUCCAGGUUGAAAGGGAUCAGUACGUGGAGAAGCUGAAGGAGGAGGGCAGUAUCUGGCAGCAGCGGGUACAGCAGCUCUCUGAGCAGGUCCAUACGCUGAUGGAGGAAAAGGAGAAGAAUGUGUCCCAGAUUCAGGAGCUGGAAGCCAGUGUUGCUGAGAUGCUAAGCAGAUCAGCAGCUAAGCCUAAUGACAGUGAGCCUGCCCUGUCAGAAGGGCCAACGGAAGCUGAGCUGAGCCUGCAACAAGAGGUCCAGCGGCUUCAACAAGAGAAGGAGGAACUUCAUGGGCAGUACCAGGCCCAGGUGCGGGAUAACGAGCAGCUGAGCCACCUCAACCAGGAGCAGGAGGAGCGGCUGCAGGAGCUUGAGAAGACUGUGCAGCGCUAUAGCGAGGAGUCUGUGGACAGACAGCAGAUCCUAGAAAACAUGCAGAGCGACAAGGCCACCAUCAGCCGGGCUCUCAGCCAAAACCGGGAGCUGAAGGAGCAGCUGGCUGAGCUGCAGAAUAGCUUUGUCAAACUGACAAAUGAGAACAUGGAGGUGACAAGCGCCCUGCAGUCGGAGCUGCAUGUGAAGAAGGAAUUGGCCAAGAAGAUUGGGCAGCUACAGGAGAAGCUGGCUGAGCUCACAGAGACGGUGGAACUGAAAACGCAGGAGGCCCAGAGCCUUCAGGAGCAGCGGGAUCAGUACUAUGGCCACUUGCAACAGUAUACUGUGGCGUACCAGCAUCUGGCCAACGAGAAGGAGGAGCUGCAUAAACAGUACUUGCUUCAGACACAGCUCAUGGACCGUCUGCAGCAUGAAGAAGUGCAAGGCAAAGUGACAGCGGAGUUGCACCUGAAGGAGCUGCAGCAGACCAAGGAAAGCCUGGCAGCUGUAGCCAAAGAAAACAGAGAGCUGCAGGCCCAGAUCGGUCAGUUUGCAGCAGAGUUGGAUGAUAGAGUGUUGCACCGAGUGGAAGGAGAUGGAGUGGAGAAUGAAAAGAUGGUAGAAGAAACUGUGAAAUCUUCACUCGCGAUCCCAGAGGAUUUUGAAAGCCGUGAAGAAAUGGUCACUUUCUUGACAUCUGCCAUGUCCCAAGUGAAGAAAGAGCGAGAGGAGAUGAGACAGCAGCUGGCAGAGCAGAAACGACAAUGUAGAGGUCUCCUGCAGCAAAUCGCAGCUCUGACGCAGGAGCAGCAACAUAAUGUCACAUCGGGGGGAGGUUACACCACAGACACCGUCCCAGUGGAGGUUCAUGAGGCUUUAAAAACUGCCAUGGAGAAACUACAGUCCCGCUUCACAGACCUGAUGCACGAGAAGGCUGACCUGAAGGACCGAGUGGAGGAGCUGGAGCAUCGCUGCAUACAGCUGUCUGGUGAAACAGACACAAUUGGGGAGUAUAUUGCGUUGUACCAGAGUCAGAGGGCUAUCCUAAAACAGCGGCACCGGGAGAAAGAGGAGUAUAUCAGCCGGCUGGCCCAGGAUAAGGAAGAUAUGAAGAUGAAGUUAUUGGAGCUCCAGGAGUUGGUGAUGCGUCUAGUUGGGGAGAGGAAUGAAUGGUACAGCAAGUAUUUGGCAGCUGCUCAGAACCCAGACAUGCUAGUAAGUCAAGAAAGUGGAAGUGCCAUUGCAGUUGAGAGGCGCAUUGAACUGAAUGCUGCCGAUGGAGAAGGACUGCGAGAGGUGAGUUUAGCAGAUGAGCCAGAACAGGAGGCUGCAGUUCUUCAGUCCCAUGUAUCUAGUCAUAGCAAAGGCCCCGAGCCCAGUCCAGAGGAUCCCACUGCUAAGCAAAUCAUGCAACUUCUGAGAGAAAUCCAGAACCCUCAGGAGAGGGUGGGGUCCCUGUUGGAAAACCCCUGCAUUCCUUUCUUCUAUCGUGCCGAUGAGAACGAUGAGGUCAAGAUCAUGGUGAUUUAAAUGGCAUGAGAAACCUGGCUUGCAGCAAUUUUCUGUGAGCCUGUUAAGUACCCAAACUGCUUAAACUCACCCUGUAUCUCUGUCCAGACAGUCUGGACAGAUUUCCUCUUCGCGGGGAAAGAGGGAUUGCACCAGACAGAACUCAAGCACCAGACCUCCACAUCUCUCCUUGUUCUCUCUUCUCCUGUUACUUGGUGCACUCUGAGUACAGACUCUGACUUGAAGUAAUCAUGUGAGGCAGUCGGUAGUGUUGCCUGUGCUGGCCCACAUAAAAGUGGCAGGACUUCAUGACCUCUGGCAGAGUAACUUGAACACUUAUUUCCUAGCUCUCUUGACAGGACUCUGCUGCUGGCAGCCAGCUUCUCGGCAGUGAUUGGCUUGUGUCUGUUGCACAAACCAUGAUUGCUAUCUGUCCAUCUCCUUCCAAAAGGCUCCUAAAGUAACUUAUUCUGGCAACAAACUCAUUGGAUUCUGAGUGAUUAUUUGUGUGUUUCCCACCAUGUAUCUUAAACCUCCAAUUUUUCUCUACAGCCUGUCUCCUGCACUGUAUCUGAAACCAGUCUUGUUAGUCCCAGACAGCCAAAAGACACAGGCUUCUUGCCUGACUAGGCAGCACUACAGAAACUUUUAUUCACAUUAGAUAGGAGGGAAGUGGCCAGCGGUUGCCUUCUGAGUCCUCUUGGGACAGAUGCUUGGUUACUUGGUAUAAGCUUUAUGUGGUUGGUUGAGGGUGGGGUGGAAAUGUAACUGCACUUUGAAGGAUGAUGUUUCACCUUGUUUGUCUGAAAGUUUUAUUUAUAUAAAAAAAGGGAGAAAUAAGUAAAAGCAAAUCACUUAAUAAACGUGCUUUGUUUUGAAUUUCUGGACUCUGGGAUUC